UGUGGUCCAGGAGAAUGGAAGAAGUUGGUGAAAGGUGUUCCCUGCUGCUCGCACUGUGAGCUUUGUGGCAGCUACUGCUACUGUGCCAACCCCCUCACCUGCCUGCCCUGUCCCUCCCACCUCCACCCCACCCCCAGUCAUACCCCCUGCUGCCCCACUCCUGUCCUCUGCCUCUGCUGGGGGGACACCUGGGUCACCGUCCCUUUGAUGUUUGUCACCUUUGGUUUGAUGACUACCACUUUUGUCUUGGUCACCUUCAUUAAGCAUCACAAGAUGCCCAUUGUUAAGGCAUCAGGGCAGGAGUUGUGUUACGUCCUAUCGGCCGGCAUCGCUUUGGUCUACACCAUCACCUUCAUCAUGGUGGCCAAGCCUGGGGAUGGCAUCUGUGCCCUAUGGAGACUCCUGGGCUUGGGGAUGAGCCUCACCUACGCCGUGCUCCUUACCAAACCCAACAAGAGCUACAGGAUCUUCGAGCGGGGUGAGUCACAGAGGGACCCAGAAGUUCUGGAGGACCCAGAUCAGGAGGGGGACAGGAAUUCAGGGAGGGACUCAGGAGUUCAGGUUGAGGGACAUAGAAUGGGGUUCCACCUACCCCAUGCUCCUUACCAAGACCAAGCACAUCUAAUCUGUCUUCAAAGAAGGUGUGACAUGGCCAAAGGUGACACCUUGGCCUGCUUGGCCUACACUUUUCUCCUCAUGUUGACCUGCACCAUCUAUGCUGUCAAAGCCCAGGGCAUCCCCAAGGCCUGCAGCAAGGUCAAACCUGUUGUCUUCACCACGUACGCCACCUGUGUCAUCUGGAUGGCCUUUGGCUCUCUCUUCUUCAGCACCACCCAGUCAGCUGAGAAGGUGAGGACAUCUUGA